AUGGCCACAGCUACUUCUAGGCUCGGCGCAGACAGUCCUUUGCCUGAUAGAGCCAGUGCCAAUGCUCGCUCUGAUAGUGCGACUAAUCAACGUGUCGAUGAUAUUUCCCUAUCCUUUGUCCCAACUUACAGAUUUAUGACUCCAACAUUUUCUUCUUGUUUGCGCCCUCCAAAAAGAGCCCCACAGGUGCCGCCACCAUUUCCAGAGACCCCUACACCUCCAGCUCGCCCCUCCGCCCGCUCUCGAGCCAGGAGUUGGGCCGCAGCAGCUGUGAAAACCGUGAAAAGUGUUGAAGUUUUGCGCUCUAGGAAAUCAUCAGUUGCCCUCAAAAAGGGUGCUGAUAAACGACGUGGUUCAACAAGCGAGUUAGGGGAUAAGUACCAUCUUAUUUCGAUUGCUCAUUCAACUCCGCGUUCAUUCUCUUCAGGAGCUAUAAACCUUCGUGACCCAUACAAAGAUAUACCUCCUGUUCCAAGUCCUUGGGUGGAUAAAGCCCUUCCAUCCGAGAAACCUCUUCCUCAGACUCCCGGUGCAAAUCCGGAUCCCAAUCUUUCUCCAGUCACCUCCCGCAGCCUUAUUGACGCGGAAGAACGCCCUCUGUGUCGGUCCCCGCCAGGAAUGCCUGGGAUAAAAGAAGAUUGGCCGAUAUUAGCGCCUACCAAGGCAACCGAGUCUUUAGACAGCGAAAUCAGUAGAAGUCAAUUGACACCAAUGGCUCCAAUGGCACCCGAAAAUAUUGAGCGUGGCGUUAGAAUGUUUAAUGAUGCGGCGGAUAGGCUUGCUGGCUCUUUCGGAACCGUACCCACUCCUCCACAGGAUUCUACAUCCAUGGAUAAUGAAGUAUCUAUCACCACAGACGCGUCUUCUCCACGUCAGCCAGUGUCCACGACUCCUGAACCAGGCACCGUUAAUAUAUCAAAGGCUUCUGCUUUGAACCCCUUCAGGUCCAGAUCUAGAGCUUCAGAUUUUCCUGGUAGCUCCCCUACAACACCUGUGAAUCGAAACUUCUCCUACACAUUUGACUCCCAGCGCCGGGGUGGUAUGACUGACUCCUGCAGCUCUUCAAAGGGCGAAAAGCGUGAAAUAUUUUCGGGCAGAGGUUCCAUAGCUGAAGAUUUGCCUUCAUCUGGAAGGAAGAGUUCCGCAUCCAAAAUUCCUCGCGUUUCACCGGCGGUUUCGCCAUCAAGUCCGACGUUCCCUUCUGGUGUAGAGAGCAGACCAAUGUCCCCACUACUUUCUCCAACCCAUCGCAGCUCGAUUCCCCUUCCAAGCCGUUUCCUUCGCAGUCACAGAAGCGAGCAAGCGCCAAUUAUCCCUGCCCGUAAAGCCUCGACUACGUUUGGGAAGCUUGAGAAGAGUAUUGUCCCCGCCGCGGGAAAAUCAACCCAACCAGAGAUGGUUAAAUCUACCGGGCAUGAUACCUCUGUGGAGCUUGGACUUGCAAGCGAUACUGAAGAGUCCGACCCUGGGGCUAAGGUUGACACCGAAUACAUUACGGAGGGGGGUGUUAGAGUUAAACAGCUAUCCCAUGCAUCUCCGUCUGGAGGCCCACAAUUGCGAAUCUCUCCAGAGGCCGAGAAAGUUAUAAUGGGUGACGACAAUACACAGCCAAGUGAGAACAAGAGAAACUCAGUUCAGCGUCUCUGGCGGUUAGAGAAUCGACGUGAACUUAGGAUGUCUACCGACAGUUUGUUCGGUGGUUUUGGAAUGAAACGUGACGGUAACCCACGUGCAAGGUCUUCGUUGGGCAAUGUCUCAACACCGGACUCCCCGCCGAAAGAUGCGGCUUUGACGAGGAUUCCCACAGUGAAAAGCGCCGACCUCAGUGUUCAUUCUCCUUCGCCUCCCGGAAAUGAUCAGGGGUCCAAAAAGCUGGUGACAAUGGACGUUGGUUCUUCACCAGUGGUAAAGACUUCGAAUAACCCGUUCUUUAACAAAGUCCUGUCAAAGUCUUCCUCCUUUACCGUUAGAGAGGAAUGUAAAAACCAAAAAUAUGUGCAGAACAACUUUCCAUGUAGCGCAAAGUCACCUCAAAAACACGAAAUACCGCAGAAUGGGCCGCCCAAGGGAGAUAGCGCACGCAAAGAUAGCCCUCAGCAUAUAAAAAAGAAUGAAUUCUCACCGUCUAAAAUUAAGCGAACUCCGGAGCGAUUAGAACUCCGAAAGCAUUCCCAUGUCGUGAGGCGAGAAUCCCCUCGAAUAUCGCGCCCUCACGAAGCUCCCAAUCGCUUCCCUGAUAAGUUCGGCCGCCCACACUUAGACGAGGAAGCAUACCAAUCAAAGUUAAGAGCUGUUCGGAUGACACCAAUGCCUGUCACUGCACAGGAUACUGAUCAUACUCAAGGUAUCAGGUGUAGGGAUGGAGCUUCUCAGGGUCGUCACUCGCACCUCCAUGCACUUAAUCACGCAUCUCAAGAUUCGACCAAACAGAAAGUCUCUGGAACGAAAGGAGUGUUGUCAAACUUCCGUGGCCUUUUUACCAAACAUAAAGCAGAGCCUAUCAAAGAAAAUCCAGCUCCUACUCCGUCCGGUCAAAGAGAACGACUCUCACGAAAGUCUAAGGCCUCACUUCACGGAAGACGGUCCAUCGCGAGGAGCCCAGUUCGGUAUUAUCAGGCAAUAUUUGGCACCGAUCGUGAGGUUCAAGCGUCCCGUGAGCUGCAGAAUCGCGAUGUCCCUGUUUCUGCCAAUAAUUCCUUUACACCGGUGGCACCUGCAUUUGUAGACACUCGAGAAGUUAGUGGGCUGGCUAUGGAAGUACUCGAUUCAGCUCGCACUGAGCCAGACACAAGAAACAAGGAAAGACUUGUCAAACUUGGUAGUUUUCUUAUCGAGGCAGUCAACAACUCCAAUGAUGCGGAAAAAGCAAUGAUAACUGCCAUUCAGGCUGCAAAGCAGGCCGAGAUUUCAUGUGCUUUAGCAAAGGAGAAUGCCUUGCGGAUUGGUCGAGUUGCUCAUGAGUGGCUAGGAGAAACCAUUAAUGGGACCAGAGCCUAGAUGUUUCCCUUCCUUGAAUUGCCUUCUGGUUUGCGGUGAAUGUUUGACUUGGGGUUGCGCACA